GUGAUGCCAGUAAUGCAAGUGUGGGGUCAGGCGAAGGUACGGGUGAAGAGGAUGAUGAUACGAAUGGGAAGAAGAAUCAAAAGAAACGUGGCAUAUUUCCAAAAGUGGCAACAAAUAUCCUUAGAGCGUGGCUCUUUCAACAUCUAACGCAUCCCUACCCUUCAGAAGACCAGAAAAAACAAUUAGCACAAGAUACAGGUUUAACGAUAUUACAAGUAAAUAAUU